GCGCGCGGGGCAGCGCGCGGCGGGCCAUGGAGCGCGGGGCCGUGAGGGACAUGGCGGCCAGGCUGGGGCUGCGCGGCACCGCCCUGCUCGGGAAAGCCGAGGAGUAUCUGCGGCUGUCCCAGGUGAAGUGCACGGGGUUAAUGGCUCAAAUGACGGCGACGAGCAGCGCUGUGAUGUGCCUGGACCUGGCGGCGAGUUUCAUGAAACAACCGAUUGACAGAAGCUACUGUGUUAAACUCUCCGGGUUGAACAAGAACACCUACCAGAACUCUAUGAAGUCCUUGGAGUGUUUGCUGGAGGUGAACCCCAGGCUGGGAAUGCGAGACUUGGCUGUGCAAUUUUGCUGCACAGAGGCAGUGAACAUGGCUGCAGAAAUACUUCAGAGGUAUGAAUCCAGCCUUUCUGAAGCACAGAGGAUGGACCUUGAUUUCUCAAAACCACUCUUUUUAACAGCUUCACUAUUCACUGCAUGCAGGUGUUUGAAGCUAAAAGUGGACAAAACUAAAAUGGUGGCUACAUCUGGAGUGAAAAGAGCAAUAUUUGACCGGCUGUGCAAUCAGCUGGAGAAGAUAAGCCAGCACCUCGGGAGCUUUCACUCUGACUUUCCCACUGAGAGUAACCCUUCUUCACCCUAUCUUCAUGCUUCAUAUCCUCAAGUUUUGUGGAACAUGCUGCCUGAAACUAAACCAAAAGCUGCUGCUCUCUCCCAGAAGAAGAUGUUCCACUGGCUGCAGAGACACCUGAAAGCCUGCAGACCUGCCUGGAGCACUGUGAGCAGGAAGAUGGAUCUGAAGAUGAUGAGGAGAAGCCACAUAAACGGCCAAAGACUGAAACAAAGCAGGACUAUGAAGAAUGGAAAAAGAAAAUCCUGGAAAAUGCUGCUAAGGCACGAGAGACAAAUAGUACUGCCUCUGUAAUGCCACCCAGUAAUGCAACUGCUGCUUGCUCUUAAUCUUAACUCUCCCUAUGCUCUAACAGUAGUUCCAGUAGCAUGAGUGAUGGCUGCCUGGUAGCCAGCUACCUUAUUUAGCUUUUAAGUAUUGAAGACUUAUUUUUAAUAAAAUGACACUAGGAUUGAGGUGAUUUUACAGGAGGCCUGUCUUUGACUACUCACGUGGCUGGUACCUGAGCAGCUUUGGCAUUAAGGGGGUAAAAUAGCUUCAUUCUCUUGCUGCAAGAAGCAGGGAACAUUCUAAUGCUACAUUCUAAUGCUACUUUAAGUGUAAAUAAGUUAUAAGUUACAGGCCCUUGAGCCCCUGGCUGGAAGCAGUAAGUGAAAUAAGAGGGAGGGGACUAAUGGUGCCUUGUUAAACUGCAAAGCUAGCAGAGAAGUUAAGAUUUUUUUUUUUUUAAAUUGCUUUUAUUUUUUUACUGUUGAAGAAAUACUGUUUAGUAACUGAAUUUGACUUAUUUUCAUGUGUAUGGGAAUGAAGUCUCUUGUGCUUUUAUAAAGGGGUCCCAAAUAUUGCAAGAAACAAUAAAAGUACUGGAAGG